CAGUUCGGAACGGUGUGCGGAGCGUGGGAGAACGCCCACGGGAGCUGAUCCCGCUCACGGGCGCGGGAGUCUCAGCGCGGAAACAUGGCGGCUCUGACUACUGUAGUGGUGGCGGCGGCGGCCACAGCAGUCGCCGGAGCGGUGGCGGGGGCGGGCGCGGCCGCGGGGACCGGCGUGGGAGCGGCGCCGACGCCGCAACAGAGUGAUGGCAGCUUUAGUGCUUCAGGUGGAGUUCGUCAUUUUCAGCUUCAGAACUGGAAACAGAAAGUUAGUCGGACGAAGAAAGUAGAAUUCAUACGCACAGCAGAAAAAUUAAAACACCAAGUUAUUGUCAUAGAAAAAGAUAAACACAGUCAUUUCUACAACCAAAGAGGUGACUUCAGGACUGAGUAUAGUAUACUGGAAGAACUGGAAAACAAACUGAUCAACAGCAGGAAGACAGAACGAGCAAAGAUCCAGCAACAGUUGGCCAAGAUACAUAACAAUGUAAAGAAACUUCAGAACCAGCUGAAAGAUGUGAAGCCUACGCCUGACUUUGUUGAGAAGCUCAGAGAAAUGAUGGAAGAAAUUGAAAAUGCAAUCAAUACUUUUAAAGAAGAACAGAGAUUAAUAUACGAAGAGCUUAUUCAGGAAGAGAAAACAACCAAUAACGAGCUGAGCGCCAUCUCCAGGAGGAUUGAGUCCUGGGCUCUGGGUAAUUCAGAAACAGAGAAAGCUUUCAGAGCCAUCUCAAGCAAAGUUCCUGUAGACAGAGUGACACCGAGUACGCUUCCAGAAGAAGUGGUAGAAUUUGAAAAAUUCCUCCAGCAAACAGGAGGGCGGCAGGGGGGCUGGGAUGAUGUGGACCACCAGAACUUUGUGAAGGUGAGGAACAAACAUAAGGGGAAGCCGACAUUUAUGAAGGAGGUUGUGGAACACCUUCCGGGAAGAACGCCAGAUGAGGUUCAGCAACAUGAGAAGUGGUACCAAAAAUUCCUGGCUCUAGAAGAAAAGAAAAAAGAGUCUAUUCAAAGUUGGAAAACCAAAAAGCAGCAAAAGAAGGAGGAAAUACUCAAGUUAAAGGAAAAGGUAGACACCAUGCCUCUGCCUUCUCAGAGCAAACCAGAAGAUAAUCCAAAGCAGAAAGAGGAACAGAGAAAGAAACAGAAGUUGGCAGUCGAAGCUUGGAAAAAGCAGAAGAGUCUAGAGAUGUCAGUGAAGCAUGCUUCCCAGCUCAGAGAGGAGGAAGAGAAAGAGAGAAAGCAGCAGAGAGAGCGCCAGCGGCAGUCAAAGCUCAAAUUGCUCCUGGAGAGCUACACACAGCAGAAGAGGGAGCAAGAGGAUUUCCUGAGGCUCGAGAGAGAGAUAAAGGAAAAGACAGAAAAGGCAGAGAAGAGGAAGACGGCUGCUGAUGAGAUCUCCAGGUUUCAAGAAAGAGAUUUACAUAAACUCGAACUGAAAAUUCUAGAUAGACAGGCAAAAGAAGAGGAGAAGGCAGAAAAACAAAGGCGACUAACAAAAUUAAAAGAAAAGGUUGAAAAUAAUGUCAGUAGAGAUCCCUCUAGGCUUUAUAAACCUACCAAAGGCUGGGAAGAACGAACCAAAAAGAUAGGUCCAUCAGACUCCGGACCUCUUCUCCAUAUCCCACACAGGGCCAUUCCAACCUGGCGGCAAGGAAUCUAGAGGGACUAUGAGAUAAUACAAUUGCUAGUCACUUGAUAAGAAUGUUAGUACAUUGCUAUUUCAGGAGAAGGUGAUUAACUAUGCUAUUUAAAUAUCACUAACUUAGGUUGGUUAUUGUGCUGUGUAUGAAUUGAGAGCUUUAAGUGUCUUAUAGCAUUGUCAGUAUUUUGUUUGUACAAAGAUGAUACAUGUUGGCCUGUUAUUGAUAUGAAAGUUAUUUAAAUAGGUUUGUGUUACAAACAUUAUUACAUUUAAAUACUCAAAAUAUUUCAGAGAUGUUUUUAUCAUGGCUUAGUGACAUUAUUUAGGAGAAUCAGUCUUUUUUAAGCCAAAUUUUGUUACUUUUAUAACUUGGAAGUAACUAAGCUUGAGUCACGAAAACAUAAGGUGUCUUUUUCUUUUUUAAAAAAGAGUUGUUCAUUCUAAGUUUAACAAAAUGGUAGUUUGUUAAUUGUUUCAUUUUUGUGUAAUGGAUAUUUUGUAUUUGAUUAAAGCAUGCUUUGUUUUAUAUGGAGACUAUUUUAAAUAACCUCCCUUCCUAUAUGUACUGUAUUCAUAUAUUAUGAUGUUAUCCUCUGGGUUUCCUGCAACUAUGUCAAAUUCUCUUUCAACCUUUUUGGACUCCACAGAUUUAUAAAAUCUUUGUGUCUUUGUACCUUA